CAUACAUAGUUAAGCAAGGACACCGAACAAGAAGACCAGAUGAGAAUGCUGCCGACAACAAUGAACCGUUGCCGAAAUUGGUUCUGUGCGCGCAAUAAUAAUAACGACUAUGCUGAGGUUUCAAUUAAUGACGCAACUGCUUCCACACAUCAUGCUGUUGCAACACCAGAUUUCAUUAAAGAUCACCAACCAUCUACAGCGACUACCGCAACAACGGCUACUACAGCCACUACUGGUACGGGAGCUGGAACAGGCAUUAUUGGCGGUGGCGGUAAUGCACAUGUCGUCACUUUUCUCGAUGAUGUGCCGAGCGGCAAUAACGGCAUAGUUAGCACAACAAGUCGCAUAAUAACCAAUUCGGAAUUAAACGCUCAAGCAAUGGAUAACAAUUCGGAUGCUAUUGAGCCGAUGGACGAUUUUGCAUGUACUUCCGGUUCAUUGCUGUGUGAUGAAAAUGCGCCAUCAUCGAAAAAUUGCUAUCGUCUGGUAAUGUUAGGCUCCUCACGUGUCGGCAAAUCCUCCAUUGUGGCCAGAUUUUUAGGCAAUCGGUAUGAAGAGGCAUACACACCCACCAUUGAGGAUUUCCAUCGAAAAUUGUAUCGCAUACGUAAUGAAGUGUAUCAAUUGGAUAUAUUGGAUACAUCCGGUUAUCAUCCGUUUCCGGCUAUGCGACGUUUAUCAUUUAUGACUGGUGAUCUUUUCAUACUAGUCUUCAGUAUGGACUCACGAGAAUCAUUUGAAGAAGUUGUACGUUUGCGUGAAAAUAUUUUAGAAACAAAAUGGGCUGCCCUUAAUCCAGGCUCGGGUUUGAAGAAGAAAAGUCUACCAAAGAUACCAAUGAUUUUAGCUGGCAAUAAAUGCGAUCGUGAUAUUAAAACCGUACACCUAGACGAGGUUAUGGGCUAUAUAGCGGGACAAGACAAUUGUUGUGUAUUUGUCGAAUGUUCAGCACGUCAAAAUUUUCGUAUCGAUGAUUUAUUUUAUGCACUUUUCAUGGUAUCGAAUUUACCAUUGGAAAUGGCACCAAAUCAUCAUAGACGUGUUAUAUCUGUUUUCGGUGCACCCUCUCCACUACCACCACAUUCAUCAGCUGGUGGAUCUAAAAAAAAUGCACUCUCUAUUAAAAGACGUUUUAGCGAUGCUUGUGGUGUUGUGACGCCAAAUGCACGUAGGCCCAGUAUACGCACAGAUCUAAAUUUGAUGCGAUCGAAGACAAUGGCUAUGAACGAAGGUGAAGGUGCGGGCGCUACGCGGCGUAAACUCUGUGUGAUCAUGUAAAACAAAAUUAAUAUAUAAAAAAAUGUAUUAUCGAAUAAUUAAUAUAUGUGGCGUAUGUGUAGUAAAUAUAAGCAAAGGCGGCAUGUGAU